AUGAAGGCGGCCAGCCUCAUGCUGCUCUUCUUUGCAAUGCUCUUCCAAACUGGUCAUUAUGCCUUCACAAUUCAAGCAACUGAUGCAGAGAAUGAUCCACUGAGCUUCAGCAUCAAUGGAGAGAACAGGUUUUACUUCAGCGUAAAUCCAAACACAGGAGUUGUUCAAAUUAAGUCCCCUCUUGACAGAGAGGUCCGAAAAACUUUGAUUGUAAUUCUGCAUGAUGCCAAUGAUAAUCGGCCCAUAUUUGUUGAUGCUCCAUUCAAUAGAAAUGUCUUUGAGAAUACAGCGGUGGACACAGUUCUAUUCCAAGCAAUAGCCAGAGAUGCAGACUAUGGGCUGGCAUCACUUGUAAGCUACAAAAUUGAUGAUGUUGUGCCAAAUGAUGGUAUGAAUCUUUUUUCAAUUUCUGAGAGGACUGGGGAAGUCAAACUGAUUGGCAGAUUGAAUUACACAAGCAAAAGCACUUUUUAUCAGUUAAAGAUCAAUGCAUCGGACGGUGGGGGGCCUCUCUGGACUUCUCACAUUGUUCAGUCAAGUUCUGCUUUUGCCUUCAUCACGAUCAUUGAUGUCCCAGAUCUGGUGCCUCAGUUUUUAAACCUUCCGUAUUCAGCCAUAGUCAAUGAACAUACUGCUGUGGGCCAAUCAGUGUUCCAAGUACAAGCCAUAGAUCCUGACACAGGAGUCAAUGACAAGAUACGCUUCAGCAUUCAAGAUUCAACUGUUCCUGACCUGUUUAAAAUUGAUGAGGAGAGUGGAAACAUACACGUCAGAACUAUAUUUGACCGUGAGGAUUUACUAUAUAUGAAUGCUAUUGUUAAACUGCAAGUGCUGGCAAGUGAAACUAAACCAAAUGUUCACGGAACUAUAUCCAAUACCACAACAGAUGUGCAAAUCAACAUUGGAGACAUUAAUGACAACAAGCCCAGAUUUUACAAUUGUCAACCUGAAUGCAACUUCAGAGAGGAAGCAGGGCACUUUACAGGAAACAUCAAUGAGCAGUCUUCAGUAGGCGUGCCUGUUGGAGAUCUGAACAUUACUGCCAGAGAUUUGGACGAGGGGGUAAAUUCCAGAUUUGAGCUGCAUCUUCAAGGACCGGACAAAGAUGCAUUCUCUGUGUCACCUCCUUGGGCCAUAUCAAGCAGUCCAGUGCAAAUUCUCAUCAGAGACCCCAGUGAUGUUGACUAUGAAAAAAAGAAAACCAUGAUUGUUGAGGUUGUUGCCAUUGACUCUUCCAAGACAGCGGACUGCUGCUCCACUGCCACUGUCACCAUCCAGAUCAAAGAUCUAAAUGAUAACAACCCAGCUUUCAAGAAUGAGACCUAUUAUUUAGAAGUGGAUGAACACAGUCAAACUGGAAAAGUUGUCGCUACAAUAACAGCUACAGAUCCAGACACAGACGAUGUUGGUAAAAUCACUUACAGGCUUCUACCAGAGAGCAUACUGAAAUAUUUUGAUGUCAACCCAAAAAAUGGCAGGAUCAAAGUAAAGAGCAAUGACCUGCUGGAUCGGGAAGUUCGUGCUGUAUAUUCUGCUACUCUUCAAGCAAUAGACAGUGCUCAAAAUGUGGGAACCACUGUCCUGGAAAUCACACUUCAUGACAUUAAUGAUAAGAUACCAACUAUGGCCAGAGAUUCUUACAUUGGCUUUGUGAAAGAGGAAAGUAAUGCUGAACUGCAGCUUCAAAUACAGGCAUUUGAUGGAGAUGAACCAGGAACAGACAACAGUGAGAUUCAGUACAAGAUUGAAAAAAGUCAUUUCAGUGGAAACUUCAGCAUCAAUGCAAAAACUGGAUUGUUAAAACACAAAGGACCUCUGGACCGGGAAGCCAUUGAAGCCUCAGCCAGUGGAGUGAUUCAGCUGAAUGUGACAGCCACAGAUAUGGGUCACCCAUCUCUGUCUUCAUGGGUCAUGGUCACUAUUAAUGUUGAGGACAUCAAUGACAACCCUCCAAUGUUUAAAUCUCCCACUUAUGAAUUCUAUGUCAGUGAAAGUGAGAAAGGCAUAUUUGUGGGCUCUGUGUUUGCCCAUGACAUGGAUCAAACGGAGAUGAACAACCGUAUAUCUUUCCGCAUUGCUGAUGGCAGCUUUGGGAACUUCCUCAUAAUCGCAUACUCUGACGGGAAAGGCCAGGGCUACAUGGGAAACAUCACUGUAGACCCUGACAUUGAGCUUGACUAUGAGCAGCCCAGGACAUCAUACAACCUCAAAAUCGAGGCCACCGACCUGGGCCAGAAAAGUGAUGUUGUACUAGUGACAGUGAACAUUGUGGAUGUCAAUGAUGAGCGUCCGACAUUACCGAAUGUAAUGGUCAUGAAUGUCAGGGAGAACACAACUGGCCUUGGUGAGGUGGGGCAAAUCGUAGGAGUUGAUGUGGAUACAAAUCACUCGUUGAUCUACAAGCUGGUCACUUCCGCUUGCAGGUGCAGCGGUGUAAUGGGGCCUUGUGAAGAGGAAUGGUUCAGACUGGAAAGCACUGGAGCUGUCGUGGUAAAUGAGAACUUUGUGAUUGAUUAUGAAAUGUGUGACCAGGUGCAGAUGGAAGUCCAAUCGGUAGAUGUCUUCACGAAGAAAGGGGAGAAGCACAGCAUUCCAGAAACACUGACGAUCCAUAUUGACGACAUCAAUGACAACAAUCCUAGAUUCAUCAUCUCUGAGACGCUGUUUGUUGUGGUGACAGAAGGGACUGAAAAAGGGACUGAGAUUGCAAGAGUUGUUGCAAAAGACUUGGAUUCUGGAGAGAAUAUGGAGAUAAAGUUUGAGGUUCUUUCAGUUGAAAUUAUCUAUGCCGAUAAUCACAGGGAGGCUAUGGGGAAAAUAUUUUAUGCUGAAACCACUGCACUGACAAAUGGCUACCUUGGAACUAUCAGGUCCUUAGGCACCCUGGACAGUCAUUUAAAAGGACAGUACUUGGUAGCAGUUCAGGCAACAGACUGUGGAGAGCCAGCACUCAAAACAACCACAGAACUUGUGAUUUACACUGUUGACAAAUCAUACCGUGUUGGCCUUCGCUUUGAAUCUCGAGUUGAUGAGAUCAAUAAAAACAUAAAUUCAAUUAGAGGGGCUCUAAUUGCAGCCACCAGAGCAACAGUUCAUAUAAUAGAAAUAGUUCCAGAAAGCCAGGAACAAAGGGCCUCAGAUGUGACUUUGUUGGGAUCAUAUUUUGUAUACCCAAAUGGAAGUGCAAUAAAUUCUGAUAAUGUUGAAAGGAUUCUGCAGGAGGACCUUUAUCAUGCCAACAUCCUGCAGAAUUAUGGCCUAACAUACGUGGUAACUACUGGGCCAGAAGUAAAAGAAGUUGAUCCUGUGUUGCUGGUUUUGAUUUGCUUGGUAGCAAGUCUCUUGAUAGCACUGGCUGUCAUGAUGAUGUCACUUGUUCAUACUCAAAGGAGCUACAAGAGGAAAUUAAAGGCAGCUAAAGCAUUGAAUUCAGCUGCAAUGGUGUCAGCAGAGAAUCGCAAGCCAAGGGCUGUGGUGCCUGGAACCAACAGAUACACAAUUGAGGGUGCAAACCCUUUGCUGAAUUUGAACAUUGAAAUGACUACAGAUCUGGGCUAUGACGAUGAGGGCUCCAAUGCAGACCGAAUAAGUGUUAACUCCUUGGACUUUGAUUACGACAUGACUGAGAAGGACACCGUGCCAAUGAUGAUGAUUGAAGAGGAGGAAGAAGAGAAUGGCAGUGAAUCCCAGUACAUCAUACCUCUGGUAGUAGCCCUCGCCCAGCACGACGAGGAGAAGGGGCCUGGGGAAAAGAACAGCUUUGUGAACCAUGCCCUCAGCACUACGGACCUUUGACCUUGACCCAGCUUUAACCAUUGUUGCAAUCAGACAUCUGCAACCCAAUGUAUCCUUUAGGUGGUUAGUUUCGUAUUAGAACUAACAUUUUACAUCAAAAAAAGCUGCAUUUUACUGCUUAGUCCCAGUUGCAGUGCAGUGUAGCUUGCUGGCCUCUACGGGGCUUCUGUAAAACACACUUGGCCAGUUUAAGUGCAAUGCAGGUCAAUCAAACAAGGCUCAUAUUUAAGGUGUGGAAAGAAAAAUGCAGUGCUGGUAAAUGGCUAGGUUACACUAGGUAGUAAAUAGACCAAAUAUUUGUUGACAUGAAUUGUCAGUCUGUGAAGUAUCGCGUACUAUAGUUGAACUUUUAGGCACCACCUUAGAGGCAGGAUUGACAGUGUAGUGUGGAAACUGCCACAACCUUUGAAUCAACUGGUCUGAUUCAGUGUCAGAGAAUUAAGACACAACCACACAAUCAAGAACAACAAAUAGACACCAUGUUGCGCAUACUGCUCUCAAACCCCAUGCAAGACUUUAAGACCCACUCUGAAAUUCUUAUGCAUGGCCUGCCCCUAUACAAUCUCCCAAUUUAGGACAUGUUGCGUAAACACACAUUCUGGAAUGAGACAUAAAAGUAGACGCAACCAAUAACUGGAAAUAUUUACAUGUAAAGACAAGAGUUCAGAUGAGAAUGGCCAGACUGGUCAAAGCUGACAGGAAGGUGACAGUAACCCAAAUAACUACCCAUUACAACAUUGGUAUGCAGAAGAGCAUAUCUGAACACACAACACACCAUAACUCUAAAUGGGAUAGGCUACAGCAGCUGAAGACCAACAAGUCUAAUAAAUACCUAAUAAAGUGUUCACUGAGUGUACAUGUAAUAAUACAUGUUAAUG